CUAUUUUCGUGUUUCAAAACUCUACUAAAUAGAAUAAUGCACUUAUUGUAUCAGAGUUUCUAUACAUUCAUUAUUACGCAAAAGAAACGCUCGGGAAUUUCGGCCAGAAUAUCCUCAACAGUGGCAAAUGGUUUUCGCUUGUCAAUCAGAUUACUGUCUAGGAUGUGGCAUGUGUUAUAGGAUUAUGAUAGAUACUGUAGCGAUGAAGCGAUUAUGAGGUUAAAUAGUUGCAUUGACGUAAGCAGUAAGCUCUUCAAGAAUUGAUGUUUGAUCCAGAGUGACUGUUAACUGUUUCCUAAACGUUAACAGCAGUCACGAAUUACUGGGUGAUUUUUUUUUCAUUUAAAAACAGUGUUGACUUGAUUUAUAAAUUUCAAAGCUAAGAUUUAGGUCUGAAGUUGUCGAACCAUUAGGCCACCGUCGGAGAAGUUAAAUUCGACUUACAAGUAACCAAACCCACCCGGAAUGAAAGCGUUAUUGUGUCAACUAUAAGAACCAAGAUGGCGCAGUCGUGUUUCAGGCCGCGCAACCGGCUUUAGGGCGAUUAAGGAAGCUUGGGUUUGGCUUUGCCAUGUCUACACGUCGCAAGCGGCAACCGCUUUUGACGGCUCCGACCACGAGUCGGGCUAUCGUGUUCAUCAAACGGGCACCUGUAUAUUUUGACGGCUGUGACCUAACGAGCUAUGAAUACGCCUUUUACGCAGCGGUGGGGAUUUCGUCAUGGCUGGCGAAGUAUUUAAAGAGAAGCCCGAUUUGAAAAGUUUUAUUCCACACAAGUUUAUUUUACCCACAGCUAAUUAUCGUAAUUAAAGAGUGAUGCAUUUAUUUCUGCAUUGUUUUCUAGCCUUGUUCUUUCUUUUAUGCGAAUUAACGAUUGGAAUACGAAGUGUAAGAAGCGACAAGGAGAGAAGCAGACGAGAUAAAGUAGAAGUUGCUUCAAUGAAUCAAUGUUACUUCGAUCGCAACCCUUCUCAUAUGUACCAGCUGCCAGGAGGAACUUCUAUAUGCAGGUACAGUGGACACUACUAUACGAUCGGGGAAACCUGGUUUGAAGUGAACAAAUGCCUACAGUGCACUUGUAUUGCGCCGACAGCGAUCGGAUGUUGUAAAAUUACUUUAAAGCCAGUUGUCAUGCCGAAACGGUGUAUGGCGGAUACUUGGUCCCGUAAAAGCGAAGUGCCACCGUUAACAACAUGCAUGGCGCCGAUUGUUAAUAUGAACGACCAUCGCCGCCCGUGCAGAAACUGGUCUCUUCGAAGAAAGUUUCAGAACGCAAGAUUUCAGUCGGUAAAUGGAUAUCGGGGAAGAUUUUUACAAACGGUUUCGAGACGGAAAACCAACUCAAAACGAAAUGCGAAUGCAACUGUUUAAACGACACUUAUACAGACUUGGAUUAUUAGUUACUUCAGUAUAUAUAUAUAUAUUUAUAGUUAUAGUAUAGGGAGGGGGAAGAUGGGACACCUUUCGCA